AAUGGGCCAUUAUCCGUUGCAGCGCUGUCCCAAUGGGCACAGUGAACACUCGUAUUUACAAUAAAUCGUCUCUUAACGUGGAAUUGAGGGGGUCCCCUGCUCCGACAGUGAUGACCACAACCACGGUUUGAAGCGGACGGAGGGGGGAGCACGUGGUAACUUUAGUCCCCUAUAAAUCUCCUACAGGCGGCCACUGCGAUGUCUGCUUGGCACGCGUAAAAGACGAGCCGUUCCCCCUACUAGAUGGGGUGAGGGAAGAAGCGUAAAAGCGCUCUGUAGCCACACCAAAGACAAACUGAGCUGUUGUUUCACCUGAACACUUUCAAAGGAAGACGUUUUUAUGCUAAAAUCACAGCUUUGUGGGGAUUUCUUAUUUCUGCCGGAAGCCUGAACGCUAUAGCUGAAGCUGGAAAUUCGCACCUUGCCUCGCCACUGAAAGCCAGGACCGCGGUUACGGUUUUGUAAUUUUUAAACAACUUUUUGAUCUGUGUGGAGAAAAGAAGCAAUGACUCGCACAUCAAGACGCUGACGCUACACAGGCAGAUACCUCGGAGCCCGGUGAAUGUUGGAAAGCUGCGAGCCGAGCGCUCUGAUGCGGUGGUGUGCUCAGCUCCGCAGGCUACACGGCUGUGCGUCCGGCUGACCAGAACCCCUCAGCUGCUUUCAAUCCUCCCGUUUUCAUUCAGAUACUUCAGUUCCGCGCGUCCAGCUCCGUUAACACUCCGCAGCACCUUUACGCGCUCUCGCUGUGCGCUCAGCGAGGAACAGAUCCGCUCGACCCCCGAAUAAGGGGUCUACUUUUCUCUAGACACAGUUGAAUGGCGUUUCAGGUCCACUUUGUACAAACUGGGGAAUCAGAACCAUACGGUUUUCCCAGCCACUUGGCUAGUGUGCGUAAAUGCUCUCCACUUUGAUUUUUGCCGAAGAAAUGCGUCUGCCUGGUGAGAUUUAAAUCGCCUCGGUAGCCGAAUUAUUGAAUCAGAUUUUUUGUUUGUUUUUUGAGAUUUGAAGACACUGGAGAAGAUGAACCUGUGUAUCGUCAGUCUUUUCCUCACUUUGGAUUUAGCCACCGUGGCGCUCAGUUUGUCCACAUGCAGCACGCUGGACAUGGAUCAGUUCAAGAAGAAGCGCAUCGAGGCCAUCCGGGGGCAGAUCCUGAGCAAACUAAAGCUCACUAGCCCUCCGGAGGACUUCCCCGAGCCCGAGGAGGUGUCUCGGGACAUUGUCGCCAUAUACAACAGCACCCGGGACCUGCUGCAGGAGAAGGCGAACGAGCGGGCGGCGACGUGCGAGCGGCAGCGGAGCGAGGAGGAGUAUUACGCCAAAGAGGUGCACAAGAUUGACAUGCAGCCCUUCUACCCGUCAGAGAAUGUCAUCUCUCCCACACACUUCAACCCUUACUUCAGGCGGCUGACGUUUGACGUGUCCUCCAUGGAAAAGAACGCAUCCAACCUGGUGAAGGCUGAGCUCAGGAUCUUCCGUCUUCAAAACCCUGUGGCCCGAGUGUCAGAGCAGCGCAUCGAGCUCUACCAGAUUUUAGGACACAAAGACCUGACAUCCCCAACACAGCGGUAUAUUGACAGCAAGGUGGUACGAACACAGACGGAGGGAGAGUGGCUGUCCUUUGACGUCACAGAGGCAGUGAGUGAAUGGCUGAACCACAGAGACAGAAACAGUGGAUUCAAGAUCAGCCUGCACUGCCCAUGCUGCACAUUUGUACCAUCAAAUAACUACAUUAUUCCCAACAAGAGUGAGGAGCUGGAGGCACGGUUUGCAGGUAUUGAUGACAGCUUCAUCCAUGGUGGUGACCUGAAGGGGUUUAAGAGGCGGCGGCACAGUGCUCGGGCUCCACACCUCCUCCUCAUGCUGCUGCCUUCAUACCGGCUGGAGUCCCAGUCCCAGUCCCCGCACAAGAACCAUCGAUCCAAGAGAGCCCUGGAUGCCGCCUACUGCUCCAAAAAUGUUCAGGACAACUGCUGCUUACGCUCCCUCUACAUCGAUUUUAAGAAGGACCUGGGCUGGAGGUGGAUCCAUGAGCCAAAGGGAUACGAGGCAAACUUCUGUGCCGGGGCGUGUCCAUAUCUGUGGAGUGCCGACACCCAGCAUUCAAAGGUGUUAGGUCUGUAUAACACCAUAAACCCUGAAGCAUCAGCAUCUCCCUGCUGCGUCUCCCAGGACCUGGAGCCCCUCACCAUUCUCUAUUACAUCGGCAAGACCCCUAAAAUAGAGCAGCUCUCCAAUAUGAAGGUCAAGUCCUGCAAGUGCAGCUAGAAGCCAACACAAACAACACACACACAUGCAUACAGUGGACAUACAUUCAGUCAAACCACAACUGUACUUUUUCCUGCACUACUAUAAUUGCAGCAGUGUUUUCACACAGGCACAGUCAGCAGUGGUGUGUUAGAGAACAGAGGUACAGAACAGUUCAGUGCACGCACAACAUACACAACCAGUGCUGUCAUGACACCAAAAACUUGACUUUGAUACCAGUGCUAAGUGGCAGAAGUACAGUGUUGGACUGCAAUAUUUGGUGUAGGUUCACUCUUUCUUAUAUUGAGACUUUGAUGAUGAACACGAGUCCAUGUCACAGUCUAUUGUGUAAUGCUUGAUUUUCUAAGCAUCAGGAGCUGUUGGUGAUCUCACAUCAACAGGUAGCUUUUUAUACCCAUUACAGCUUCUUUUCCUGGUGGAGAACCAGUGUUGUUUGGUGCUGCACAAGUGUGAAUGACACUGAGAACAAACAAAAUAAACUGUAGGUUGCAAAAAGGAGUGCUCCUGCAUUGACAAUCAUGCAAUAAUACAUAUUUCCCCGUAUGACAUUUAUGUGUAACAGAGGGUUUUAGAUGUUAAUCAUUGCUGUGUUUGAGUGAAAUAAUUCAUCCUGAUAACUUCAUGACAUUAUCAGCCAGUUAACAUAAUCAACCAAGCAACACCCAGUGCCAGUCCAAUGCCUUAAGAUGCAGUACCAUUACUGGCCACUAGAUACUGUUUUAAAAACAUCUGACUGGUUUGAAAUUUAUACUAACGGUAGAUCUCAACUGAUGAAUCUGACAGUUUGAGUACAGUGCAGUCAUCAGCUGAACUAACCAAAAAAAACUGGUGACUUAGAGAAAGUUUUCUGUUUGUUUGUGAUAUAGGAUUUUAAAGUUGAUAGAGUUUUAAAGUUGGUGACAGCUCUGGUUAUUGUUUGAGUUUCCUGCAGAUUCCAGUGCACAUGUUUGCACUGAGGUGAAAUUUGAGCUAGCAGAAGAUAUUAGAAAAUGAUUGUAAAUAAAUCUAGCAGUGGUAUCAAAGCCAUGCCAAAAGGUGGAUUAUUGUGACCCCACUUCACAUAUACAGUAUGCUUUACAUACAUACAGCACAUACACAUGCAAUCACACAGAUAUGGCUUUGUACAGGUAGACUAUAUCUUUUGGCAUUUUGAAGGCCCUGUCAACAUGCACCACCUCACACACUUGUCACACCGAGACACGAGAGUAAGGCAAACACUGGAAGUAUAAGUGAUAAGUGUCUAUAUGUGAAAUAAGUCAUGAAAAUAACACAGCCCCACCCCAACACCCACCCACCACUUUACUGCUCUCUCCCCUGCCUCACCCUUCCCUCCAGUCUUCACAGUCGCACCAUGUCCUCCUUUCUGUCUUUGUCUUUGUUUUGUAUCCUUUGUCAUUUUCUUAAUAUUUCCAUUCCACUCUAUUUAACACAGUCAUGGUUAUGGUUUAGCCCCCCCACCCCCCAGAUUUGGACCCAGGUAGAGAAGUGGAUAACAUCAAUCUCAUACUGUGAUAUGUUGAAAAAUUAUAAUGCAUGAAAAAGCCACAAAAAGAGAAAACUAAUGCAUCACAUGGAAGCUCCUUAAAGGAUCCUUCUGGUUUAUUGUGACAAUGCUCUUAUUUUUGUAGAAUGCCAUCAAUGCUGUUUAAUAUUAGAAAGAGAGAACUCAUUCUGAAUCACAAGAAUCCAUAUUUACUUAAAAUCCAACUGUGGGACAUAAAGUACAACAGUUGUGAGCUUCACUCCAUUUGUCCUGUUUAAAAAAGCUAAAAGUAAAAUCAUCACAUUUAUAUGUUUAGCAGCAUUUAACAAACCUCAUUUCCCAUAAGCACGAGGAAUCUGCUGGUUAAACAUGCUGCUGGUCAGAAAACAAGUCAGCUGUACCUUUAUCAGCCACCAUCAAAUAAUUUAGUGUCAGGAUUAUGUGUUCAGCGUGAACAAGGACCAGUCAACUGAUCGCUUCAGAUUGAAUACUGAAAUCUGAGCCAAAUUCAAACAAUAGUGAAAAAAGUGACUGAAUAGUCCAGUGUUGUUGGAACCGGGAGAAAACUACAAACAUUAGACUAAUUUUGUAAUAAACCAGAAUAAUCCCCUUAAUGUUAUGAAGAUACAGAUUCUCACUGUGAAGAGACGCGUCCUUCAUGUCACAUUUACUGUGCACUGGCUGAUGAGCGGUGUCAUUUCCUGCACUCAGCACAGCCACAGAUUCAGUCCACAGCAGCUGAGAGGUGUGUGUUCAGAGGGAGGAGAUGUGCCCUGUUGGUAAGUGAUGAUGGAGCUAUGCUUGGGGGAGACACUGUUGGAGGUUAGUGUGAUGAAAGAUUACAAAUGGUAUUAAUGAAGAGUAGAUAAGCGCUUUAGUAAAUUUAUCCAACCAGCAGCCGCAACCAGCUGUAGCUCUGUAGCAGUGUUCAGUAGACUCAUCAGUGUGUCGUCUUGCUGCCAACAGAAAACUUUGAUUUCAUCUGCAAACCUGCAAAAGCUGUCUGUCAGUCAUUAUCUUUUGUUUCUUUCAUAAAAACAAAUUGCACUGAUGCUGUUUGAAAUUUUCUAUUUUAAAAUACUUAGUUUUCUUAGUUAGUCUGAACCCCCACUUUAUUAAAGUGUUGAUGUAGGUGACCUGAUCCCAGCCCCUGUGGGCGUUUAGUGCCAGUGGACUUACUGAAUAGCAGGAAAUAAAGAGAGCUAGGCACCAACUCUGUCAUGAUAGAGCUGUUAUUUUUUAUGUGUAUUUGUUGUUGUUUUGAUGAUGAUGAUGAUGUUAUUGUGACUGACUAUGCUGUAUUGUAACGCAGUAUUGUUAUGGUGCUCUAGUGGUAAAUAAAUUAUUUAAGUUUCAA